AGGGAUGGCGUGGUGGGGAGCGUCGCGCCGGCGGGCCGGAGACCUCGCCACUGCACUCACAUCGCUCCAGUGUAGCAUCAGACAACAACCAAGAAAUGGCCUCGAAUCCUCAAUGGAACGCAGAGCAAACUGACGGACAUGUCCCAGAAGCGACCUUCUUCGAGAGACUCGGCGCUACUACCGAGACUAAGUUGGAGGACUUCUUCCAAUUUUUGGGCUUCCAUAUGGCAUAUCGACCUUGGAUAGUGCUCUUCGGUGGUCUAUGCUUUGUGGUAGCACUUGGUCACGGCGUGAAAUAUAUGCAAGUGACGACGAAUCCAGUUGAGCUGUGGGCGUCACCAACUUCCCGAUCGCGUAUUGAGAGGGAGUACUUUGAUUCCCACUUUGAACCGUUCUACAGAACUGAAAUGGUCAUCAUCAGCGCCAAAGGACUACCAAAAAUAGAGUACACUACAAAGGCUGGAGAGAAUUUGGAGUUUGGGCCCGUAUUCAACUCUAAUUUCCUUUUUAAAGUUUUAGAAUUGCAAGAGAGUAUUAAAGCGAUCGGUAACGAAUCGGGUAUCCAAAACAUCUGCUACGCGCCUCUGUCGUCACCAUUCGACGGCCCUGUGACCACCGACAAUUGCGUUAUACAGUCGGUAUGGGGCUGGUGGCAUAACCCUUACGACGCUGCUUCGAACUGCCUCGCAAACUACGGUGGUCCGGUGUUGCCAGCCGUGGCGCUCGGCGGUUUCCUGGCGCCCGGAGAGCAGCUCACAAAGAACUCAAGGUUCCACGAGGCUACAGCGCUCAUUUUGACCUUCUUGGUCAACAAUAAGCAUGAUAAAGAGCUGCUGAAACCAGCAUUGGAAUGGGAGAAAAAAUAUAUAGAAUUCAUGAAAAACUUCACUGAAAACGAAAUGCCAAGUUACAUGGACAUCGCAUACACGUCCGAGCGUUCCAUAGAAGACGAAUUGGAUAGAGAGUCACAGAGCGACGUAUCAACCAUACUGGUGUCAUAUUUCAUUAUGUUCGCAUACAUUGCUAUCUCUUUGGGAAGAUUUACCACGUUCUCAAGGUUGCUGAUCGACAGUAAAGUCACUUUGGGGCUCGGAGGAGUCGUAAUAGUAUUGGUAUCAGUAGUAUGCUCUGUUGGAUUGUUUGGUUUCAUCGGCGUGCCAGCAACACUCAUUAUCAUAGAAGUAAUACCUUUCCUCGUGUUGGCUGUUGGCGUGGACAACAUCUUUAUUCUGGUGCAGACCAAUCAGAGAGAGGGAAGACGGCCUAAUGAGACUGUCGCUGAACAUAUUGGAAGAACCCUUGGCCAGGUGGGCCCGUCGAUGUUCCUGACGUCGGUGUCGGAGUCGGUGUGCUUCUUCCUGGGCGCGCUGAGCGACAUGCCCGCCGUGCGCGCCUUCGCGCUGUACGCCGGCGCUGCGCUGCUCAUCGACUUCCUGAUGCAGGUCACCUGCUUCGUGGCGCUGCUGGCCAUCGACACGCACCGCCAGAACGCUAACCGUUUCGACAUACUCUGCUGCGUGCAAGGUACGAAGACGUUGAACACGGACGCGGGCGAAAGCGCGCUGUAUAAUCUGUUCAAACAUUUCUACGUACCCUUCCUAAUGAAGAGAGAAGUUCGCGCUUCGGUUAUGAUCAUAUUCUUUGCUUGGCUCUGCUCUUCAGUUGCGGUAGCACCACACAUAGAAGUCGGUCUCGACCAAGAGCUGUCAAUGCCGCAAGACAGCUUCCAGCUCAAGUAUUUCCAAUACCUAAACAAAUAUCUCAACAUCGGACCACCAGUGUACUUCGUAGUGACAGACGGAUUGAACUAUUCUGAUACAAACACACAGAACAUGGUGUGCGGUACAAGAUUCUGCAACCCUGAUAGUGUCGCAAUGCAGCUUUAUGCUGCGUACAAAUCGUCAAAUGAGACGUACAUCGCGCAGCCGGCCAACUCAUGGCUGGACGACUUCUUCGAUUGGGCAGAGCUGCCUAGCUGUUGCAAAUACUUCUCCUCAAAUAGUAGCUUCUGUCCUCAUACUAAAUCAGAAUGCAAUGCAUGCAACAUAAAACUGGUAGGCAACGAAAGUCGCCCCAGCUCGGAUGACUUCAGGCGCUACGUCUCAUGGUUCCUACAGGACAAUCCGGACUCCAGCAGCUGUCCUAAGGCCGGCCACGCGGCCUACGGCCAAGCCGUCAACAUCAAGCCGACACCAAACAAAAAUUUCUCUGACGUAGGCGCCACCUACUACCAAGGAUAUCACUCAGUUCUGAAAACGAGUUACGAUUACUAUUCCGCUCUACGUGGUGCUAGAAACGUUGCUGCCAACUUAACAGAGACUAUCAACCGACGCCUUAAGGAGAAUAAUGAACCAGCCAAUGUGAAUGUGUUCCCGUAUUCAGUGUUCUACGUUUUUUAUGAACAAUAUUUGACCAUGUGGCCUGAUACGCUGAAGAGUAUGGGUAUAUCGGUGUUGUCGAUCUUCAUCGUGACGUUCAUUUUAAUGGGUUUCGAUCUGUUUUCUGCUUUGGUGGUAGUGAUAACUAUAACUAUGAUCGUAGUCAAUCUCGGAGGACUCAUGUACUGGUGGGGGAUCAGUUUAAACGCUGUCUCACUUGUUAACUUGGUGAUGGCCGUAGGCAUCGCGGUGGAGUUCUGCUCUCACCUGGUGCACAGCUUCAGCGUGUCGCCAGGCACGAACCGCAUCAACCGCGUGUCCAACUCGCUGACGCGUAUGGGCUCCUCCGUUCUGUCGGGCAUCACGCUCACAAAAUUCGGAGGCAUCAUCGUGCUGGGCACGGCCAAGAGUCAGAUAUUCCAGGUGUUCUACUUCCGCAUGUACCUAGGCAUCGUAUUAUUCGGCGCUGCACAUGGCCUCAUCUUCCUACCUGUUAUGCUCAGUUAUAUUGGUAAGCUAUUACGAUUAUUUAAAACCACUCGUUAUGGCGCCUGUCGCACUAUCAUAUUAUCACGUGAUCCAUAUUGACGCUAAUUUUAUCUUAGGACAACACAACUUGAUAUUGUAUGCACUAUAAUGUUAGGAUUCCAAACUUUUUUGACAGUG